UUCUUCUAUCAUAUGGCUGUCUACUUUUCAUAAUAUCCUAAGAAUACGUAUCAUGCCUGUACGCCUUCGACGACUUCUCAUCCUUCGAUAACACCACCCGUCAUGGCAGCCAACUACUGGGACUCAACCCAGCGGAAAUACUGGACAUUUACGAAGCAACAGCUAGCUCAAGAACGGCGAAAGAAUGAAGAAGCAGAUCGGGCUUUGGUUCAGCAGUUCCCCCUCCCGGACAGACGACUGCUGAGCAUCCAUUUCAACCAUCAACUCUGCAAACUCGCCCGCCCCCUCUCCGUCCGCCAGCAAGCCAUCGCCACCGCCCAAAUCUACGUCCGCCGCUUCUACCUCAAAGUCGAGAUCCGGCGCACAAACCCCACCCUGGUGCUCGCAACAGCCUUGUACCUCGCAUGCAAAAUGGAAGAGUGUCCUCAGCACAUCCGGAUGGUAUUAGCUGAAGCGCGGCACUGUUGGGACACAACCCUCACCGACACGUCCAAGCUCGGCGAGUGCGAAUUCUCCCUCAUCUCGGAGCUCAACUCGCAGCUCAUCAUCCACCACCCCUACCGUGCCCUCGCCGAGUACACGGCCACCUUCGCCCUGAGCGCCGAAGAGUCCGCGCUGGCCUGGAGCAUCGUCAACGACCACUACCUCACCGACCUGCCCUUGCUGCACCCGCCCCACGUCAUCGCCGUCACCGCCAUCUUCCUCGCCGUCGUGCUAAAGCCCACGCAGGGCGGGCUCGGGGUGAGCGCGCAGGGGGUGCAGGGGGUGCUGCAGAGCUUGAGCGCGACGAUGGGGCAGAGCAGUCCGGCUCGAGGAGGGGGCGCGGCGACGUCGGCGCCGGGAACGCCGGGGGGCUCGUUGGGGGGAGGCGGCGGCGCGGCGGCGCAGAAUCGGAUGAUGGGGCUGGUGAGUUGGCUGGCGGAGAGUAGUGUUGAUAUCGAGGCGGUCGUGGAUGCGAUGCAGGAACUGCUGAGUCUGUAUGAGAUCUGGGAGCAGUUUACGAAUAAUUUGUGCAAGGAUCAGAUUGCAAAGUUUGUGAAGGCGAGGGGGCUGGAUAAGUAGGGGGGAGGGGGCGAGUUGAAGGUCUUGGGUGGAGAGUCAGAUGCAUUAUGGGUUUCUUGCAUAGCGAGUUUAUUGUGACAAUGGAUAGAGUUAUUCUUAUGGAUGGUGUUAUGGAGUUGGGUUUGGAGAAGAUUAAUUGUCGUCGUGUCUGGAUAACGCUCGAUGUAUUUACAGUCGGAGACAUGCCCAAUGCUGGGACACAAAGCGUU